UUCCCCCUAUAAAAGCUCACCGCUUCCUGUCCCUGUCCAUCUAUCUCUCUCCCUCUCUCUCUCUCUCUCUCUCGGAAGCUCCAAAAAACCUCCUUAACUCUGAAGGAAACCUUUCCUUUCAUGGAGGAAGCUCUCUGCCUCAUAAAGUUCCCACCUUUACCUGUUACAGUAACUCCUGAGGUUUAGGGUUUUUUCUGCCACUUCUCUCUCUCUCCCUCUCUCUCUCUCUCUCUCUCUGUCAGGUUUAACCAUGGAGGCUGUUGGUUCUCCCUCAGACCAAGCUGCAGAUUUACUGCAGAAGUUGGCAAUAGACCCGGGCACGAAAACAAUUCCCAGUCCUUCGAAUAAGGUGGCGCCCCUUCCUAACUCUGCCGGUGUUGCUGCUAAACCGAACCAGAAGUCUGAGGCCUCUCCACACAUCGAUGCAUCGGGUUACAUUCCUAAUGUUCAUCCAUCUACUGCAUAUUCUUAUGCUUUUGAUGUUUAUGGGCAUGGUAAUGACUGGAACAGCCACUCUUUGUACUUUACUGAUGAAGCAGCUGAGUCAUCACGAGGAGGAUCCCCUGUAUACCACCAAGGCUAUAGUUAUGUUCCGUAUGGGACUGUUGGACCGGAAGUCCACCAUUACCUUUAUCCCGGCCCUUACUACGCGCAUCAGGACUCUGGAAAUGGGCCUUAUGGCCCGGCUCAAGUCGGGAAUCCCCAGUGCAAAGGAAACACCGGGCCAUUAAGAUCAAAUUCAGAGUACAUGGCCUCAAAUUCUAAUGCGUAUUACAGAAAUGGAGGAAUGUACUCACCACUUUCUGGGGUUGAUGCAUCUGCUUUUUCUGAUACCCGUUUCAAUAGGGAAACAGGCCUCGGGUUUACUUCCUUACUAACGCCGGCAAAUAGUCUCCAUCCUUUUCCUAAUGUGAUGAGUUCGAAUAAGAUCUCGACAUCAGGAGGCUUAUGCAACAUCCCUGGGUUGUUAAACCAAAAUUAUCCAAACACUGCACUGUAUGGCCAGUAUAGAAACCCACUUUCUUCUGGAGCCGGGCCUUUUGGCUACGAUCAAAUGUCUCUCAGUUACAAACCAGCUGAAGCUAUCAGCAAGUACAGAGCUAGGUAUGUGAGUGAGAACACGGAUGGUCUCAAUGAACUGAACAGAGGCCCGAGGGUCAAAAUCCAAAACAUUCCUUUGAGCGAGAAUAACGAGGAGAUAUUUCCUUCUAUAUCGGACAAGGAAGAGUACAACAGGGAAGAUUUCCCCCAGGAGUAUAAUGAUGCGAAGUUUUUCGUGAUCAAGUCCUACAGUGAGGACGAUGUCCACAAGAGCAUUAAAUAUGGUAUGUGGACAAGCACUGGUACUGGCAAUAAGAAGCUUGAUGCAGCUUAUCGAGAAGCAAAGGAGAAGCCUAAUGGAUGCCCGGUGUUCUUAUUCUUCUCAGUCAACACUAGCGGGCAAUUCGUCGGAGUGGCUGAAAUGGUGGGUCCUGUUGAUUUCAAUCGGACCGUGGAGUACUGGCAGCAGGAUAAGUGGCAGGGAUGCUUUCCAGUGAAGUGGCACAUCAUAAAGGACGUACAGAACAGUUCUCUAAGGCAUAUAAAGCUUGGAAACAACGAGAACAAGCCAGUGACUAAUAGUAGGGACACUCAGGAGGUGGAAUUCGAGCAAGGGAUGGAAAUUCUUAAGAUCUUCAAGGAUGAUGAGGGGACAUCUUCAAUCCUAGAUGAUUUCAAGUUCUACGAGGAUCGUGAGAAAAAGAUGCUGGAAAAGAAAGCCAAGCAGGACAAAUCUCAGAAACAGGGAAAGUCUCUGUGGACCCUCUAAACAAUCAUACUCGCACUUGCUCUUUUACCAUACUGCAGAAUCUCCCCCCCCAGUUCGUGUUUGAGGGCAUCGAUGUAUCAUCAGAUUCAUCUGUUUCAGCAGAAAGUAAGUUUCCUUAGCAGAUUUAGGAGGUUAAGCUCACCAAAAAUGCAGCAUGGUUGCUAUAGAUGAAGAACUCCGCACGAAACUGACAUUCUACCUGUAAAGGAUUCCAUUUUUGUGGUGCAGCACUGUUAUAUAUAUACUAUAUAUAUCGAUACAUCGCCAGUUUGUUAUUCAUACCCUAAGGUACGUAGAAGAUGCGUCCUCGGGGUUUGGAGUGUGUGGGAAUUUAGCGACAUUGGAGUACACUACCUGACCUGAGAAUAUGAUAAAGUUCAAAAGCUAGGAAUCCAAUUUGGAAUGAAUAUUGGAGUAUGGAUGAUGGCUUUGUCAAGCAA